ACUGACACAAACGUACCCUUUGACGCAUGGGUACGUCUGGACGGUGAGGGGGAAGCCAGACGACAACAAGACGCGCACGAGACACCAGAGACAGUUCAGCAGGAAGCUCGUCUCGUUGUGGUAAAAGAUUGACUGAAGCUCUACCAUGCCUGUGGCCUCCACCAGGACAGAGCCUGUGCACCAGUUGGACACAAUGAGCGACAGCACCACCAGUUCCACCACAGCCAAUGACCUGGAUCUCAUCUUCCUCAAAGGCAUCAUGGAGAGCCCUCUGGAGCCAGAGGAGAGCCCGAAGGAGCCGCGUCCGUCGCCAGUGAGGGAGAACAACGUGGAGCUCCUGCAGGAGAUUCUCAGUGACCUGAACCCCUUCACACACCACUCCGACACUGCAGCUGAGCUCACCCAAAUACUGACCCAGCCUCACUUCCAGUCUCUACUCGAGACUCACGAUUCAGUGGCGUCCCAGGCAUGUGACAGCCCCCCCCCCAGCCCUUGUGAUUUUGUGGAUCAUGAGCAGGAAGAUGGCCGCACACACAACCUGCCCCCGCCGCCGGACGCAAUCCGCAUGGUGGGAAUCCGCAAAGUGGCGGGGGAGCACCUGGGUGUAACGUUCAAGGUGGAGGCUGGUGAGCUGAUUAUAGCCCGCAUCCUCCAUGGGGGGAUGAUAGACCAGCAAGGACUGCUGCAUGUCGGAGACAUCAUCAAAGAGGUGAAUGGACGAGAGGUGGGCCAGGAUGCCCGGGUGCUGCAGGAGGAGCUGCAAGCAGCCAGUGGAAGUGUAGUUCUGAAGAUACUGCCCAGCUACCAUGAAGCCAUACAGCCCAAACAGCUGUUCUUUAAGUGUCACUAUGACUACGACCCGGCCAACGACAACCUGAUUCCCUGUAAGGAGGCGGGCUUAAGGUUCGAGACAGGAGACAUCCUGCAGAUAGUCAACCAGGAUGACGUCAACUGGUGGCAGGCCCGUCAUGUCGAGGGUGGAAGUGCGGGGCUGAUCCCGAGUCAGAUGCUGGAGGAGAAGAGGAAAGCGUUUGUCAAGAGAGAUGUGGAACUGGCACCAACAGGAAAUCUUUGUACUGGUGUUGGCGGGAAGAAGAAGAAAAAAAUUAUGUACGUGACAACCAAAAAUGCAGAGUUCGACAGACAUGAGAUACUGCUCUACGAGGAGGUGGCCAAGGUCCCACCUUUCAAGAGGAAAACUCUGAUUUUAAUUGGUGCCCAGGGUGUGGGGCGGCGGAGACUGAAAAACAAGCUUCUACUGAGAGAUCCGCUACUCUUUGGCACCACCAUUCCAUACACUUCCAGAAAGCCCAAAAAGGAAGAUCGCGAGAGUCGGAUGUACGCCUUCACCAGCCGCAGCAAGAUGGAGGCCGACAUCAAGAGCGGCCGCUAUCUGGAGCACGGAGAGUACGACGGCAACCUGUAUGGGAUCAAGAUGGACUCCAUCCACGAGGUGGUUGAGGCCGGGCGCAUCUGCAUAUUGGACGCCAACCCUCAGUCUCUCAAAGUGCUGAGGACCUCGGAGUUCUUGCCCUACGUGGUGUUCCUUCAGUCUCCAGACUUUGAGGUGCUCAAGGCGAUGAACCACUCAGCUGUAGAGGCAGCGGUGCUGACCAAGACACUGACGGAUGAAGAGCUACAGAGGACGUGCGACGAGAGCACUAAAAUGCAGGCGGCCUUCGGUCACUACUUUGACCUCAGCAUCAUCAACGACAACUUGGACGAGACCUACCGCACCGCCAAGGCCGCCCUGGAAACGGUUUCUAAAAACCCCCAGUGGGUCCCGGUCACCUGGGUUUUCUAGAAAGAGGCUGUGGAGAGCAGAGGAGGAAGGGAGAUUAAUAUACCACUGUGUAAAUAAUGGAAGUUCUUAUUUAGAUUUCUUAAAGUUUCCAAAGAAAUUACAUUUGACCAUUGCGAUAGCCUAGCAUAAGAACAAUAUUUUCUUGCUAAAGUAGCUGCUUUGCAAAUAAAUCACAGGAUAUCUUCCUGAAA